GAUAAAUAUGGUGAUAUAUGUAGUAGGAGAAGAAGAGAUGGCGGUGGUGAAGGGUGGCGAUGUCGGGGAGCAACCUGUCAAGGGUUCAUGGAACCCGGAGGAGGACGCGGUUCUUAUGCGGCUGGUGGAGCAGCACGGGCCGCGCAACUGGACAGUGAUCAGCGCGAGCAUCCCCGGGCGGUCGGGGAAGUCGUGCCGGCUGCGGUGGUGCAACCAGCUCAGCCCCACCGUACACCGCCGCCCCUUCACCCCCGCCGAGGACGAGGCCAUCGUCGCGGCCCAUGCUCUGUACGGAAACAAGUGGGCCACCAUCGCCCGCCUCCUCCCCGGCCGCACCGACAAUGCCGUCAAGAACCACUGGAACUCCACCCUCCGCCGCCGCCUCCAAGCCGCCGCUGACGCGGUCGACGCGUCCGCCUCCGAGCGACCCGUCCCGUCCUCCCCGAUGCAGCUCGACGCCGCGGCCACAGCGCCCGUUGCCGCCGACUCCGAGGAGCCGGGCGAGUCGGACUCGGGCUCGCUAUCUGGGAAGCGCCCGUGCUUGAGGGACGACGACGCGACUGACGGCAGCGCCGGGGGGUCCGGUCCGGUUACGUCUCUAACUCUUGGACGGCUAGGGGAGGGCGGCGGGACAGACGGCGGUGGAGGGCGGCUGUGGGAGGAGCCGACGGCGGGGAUGUGCUUGUUGGCUAUAAUAAGAGAGAUGAUAGUGGAGGAGGUGAGGAGUUACAUGAACCGACUUCCAUCGGGAGGAGGAAGCGGCGGUGGCAGCUCCAUCAUCAUCGGGACCGAUUCCGCAUCCAACGGCCAGGAUUGA